AUGGGAUCCGACGCAAAAGUCAUCACCGCCUACCCCAACUUCUCCCCCGACAAGUUUGAGCAGAAGCUCCCCGGUCGUGACCUCGACAUGUCGCCCCUCGCCGAGCACACCAAGGUCGAGCGCUGGCACCGCGGCGAGCCCCGCCUCGAGGAGUACGUCGGCUCGGGCAAGCUCAAGGACAAGGCGGCGCUCAUCACGGGUGGAGACUCGGGAAUCGGAAAGACUGUCGCAGUGUUCUUUGCGCGCGAGGGGGCCGACAUCACCAUCAACUACCUCCCCCAGGAGGAGGACGAUGCUCAAAACACGAAGAAGCUCGUUGAAGAGGCGGGCAAGAAGUGCCUUCUCGUCCCGGGCGACCUCCGCACGCAAGAGUUCCGCGAAAGCAUGAUCGAGAAGCACAUGAGGGAGUACGGCGCGCUCGACAUCCUCGUCAACAACGCCUCGCAGCAAAUCCAGUGCCAGGACCUCGCCGAAAUUGACAUGAACAACGUCGAGGACACCUUCCGCUGCAACAUCAUCCAGUACAUCGGCGUCUCAAAGGCCGCCCUCCCGCACAUGAAGCGCGGAGAUGUGAUCAUCAACACCACCUCCGUCACGGCCUACAAGGGCAGCGCUGGCAUGCUCGACUACUCGGCCACCAAGGGCGCCAUCACGACCUUCACCAAGUCUCUCGCGACCCAAAUCCUCCCGAAAGCCAUCCGCGUCGUCGGCGUCGCUCCCGGCCCAGUCUACACCCCCCUCCAACCCGCCUCGCGCCCCAAAGAGCAGAUGGAAGACUGGAGCGUCGGGUCAUCGUCGCUUAUUCACGGGCGUGUUGCGCAGCCGGCGGAGUUGGGAGAGAGUUACGUUUACUGCGCGACGUCCGAGAUCCUGACGGGCCAGGUCGUCCACCCCAACUCGGGCCAGUACCUCGUCUAA